AUGAUAGUUUAUCCAACUGAUGUGAAACGAGUUUUACCCAAAACAAUUCCGUCUGAUCCAAUUUUUCCAAAUAAAUUAAGUUUAUGGUGCAUCUUUAGUGAUGGGUCGGUGACACCAGCUUAUGAUUACGAUCAGAACUAUGGAAAUGAUCGUGUUUCGCUUUUAGAUUGUCCAC